AUCGUGCGAUUGUACGACAGUACGAUAGUAAGAUAAAACGUUAGUAUGUCAGUCCAAGUCUUAUAGUGAUCGUUGCAAUAAAUAUAGUUAGUGUUAAAUAGUAUCCGCGAGUUUUCACUUCGUCGCGAGAAUCCGAACACUUGUCCGACAAAACCACAAACGUUAAUGUGCGCAAACAGAUGUCAUCGUUAUCGAUCUUGUCCUCCGCACAACCCUGUAAUUUAAAAUGAAGCAUUGAAAGUUUACAAAAUUCACACAAGAAAUAUUCCGAAGAAUAAAUCUCCAAUCGUCAUCAUACGAGAUAAAUACCUGAUAUGCGCAUAACCGGGCAAUGAUAAGCUGGGAGAGUGCUUCGUACUAUCCGUUUGCGAGCAGUAUAAUUUCACAAUCACUAGUCCCUUGUAAUCAGCCUCAUACGAACCAUUCCAGCUGACAUCGUAAGAUAAGAUGUCCAUAUAAAAUAAUCAACUCAGACAAUCAUUCGCUAGUUGAAAUUUCGAUAGUCACGAAAAUGCUCUCAACGUUCAAUUCGGAAACAAAAGUAUGGAGCGGUCUUCAGCAGCCUCCAAUCUACAACCCGAAGGCAAGCUUCGGUCAAGUUUUGUUUACUGUACUGCGUCGCAAUCCAGAAAAGGUAAUCCAGAUUGACGGAGAUACUGGACGUACAAUGACCUGUAAGGAAACCCUACUGAGAGCAAUCCGAGCAGUUCAAAAUCUGAUGUCACAAGGAUAUAAAAAGGGAGACGUAGUGGCAAUGGCAUGCGCCAACAGUGAAAAUAUUGCACCGAUGUUUGUAGCACUGGUGACCAUUGGGAUGCCGUUGAAUGCACUUGCGCCGAAUUACUGCCUAGAUGAUAUGGCACACAUGUUGGGAAUCACGCAACCAUCGUUGGUGUUUUGCGAUGUCGACAAUUAUGAGACGGUCAAGAAAGCAGUUAAUCUAUCCGUUCAUCAAAAACCGGAAAUAUUUGUGUUUGAGAGUAACUCUGUUGACAUGAAAAACGCUGACGACUUUUUCAAGGAAACCGGAAAGGAAAAUACGUUUUUCCCACCGUAUCUAGGAGAUUCUCGAGCUCUAGUUGGUGUGAUUCUGUGCUCGUCGGGGACAACAGGAUUAGCCAAAGGAGUAACUAUAUCUCAUGCCCAUCUGAUUGCAGCUUAUGGAAAUGGCAUUUCGUUGGGUAGUUUCGAACUUAUUUUCAACUUUAGUCCCAUACAGUGGGCUACAGGUUUGUAUUUUCUGCUGCAGUCUCUAGUAAACGGUGACACAAGGUUAAUCACCAGGAAGUCGUUUAGUGAGGAGGUCUUCUACGAUUUGCUGGAGAAAUAUCCUAUCCAGUUUUUGCUUACUCCACCGUCUUACGCUAAUCUAAUACUGCGUCAUUCUCGAGCAAAAACUGCGGACUGGUCGAAUAUAGCUGUUUGGGGAUUCGGUGGAUCAAUUAUCCCGGAGAAACUUCGUAACGAAAUUGAUCGACUCCUACCUAAUAGGCGGACUUGUACCGGAUUGGGAAAUUCGGAAAUUGGAGGUAUUACUACGGAUUUAUUCAGGCGUAAACCAAAUUCCGCUGGACAAUUGUUACCAAAUGUGAGCGCCAAAAUCAUUGAUGACGAUGGAAACGUCUUAUCCAAUGGACAGCAAGGAGAGCUUUUGUUAAAAUUCUGUGAACGUUGCCUUGGCUACUAUAACAACCCGGAAGCCACAAGCGCAGCUAUCGAUGCGCAAGGAUGGCUAUCUACAGGUGAUAUUGGAUACUUCGACGAGGAAGGAUGUCUAUUUUUGACGGAUCGCAAAAAGGAUAUGUUCAAAUGUAUGAGCAUUCACAUUUUCCCCGCAGAUCUGGAAGCAGUUGUACACCGAAUCGAUGGUGUUGAGCAAGUGUGUGUCGUUGGAUUACCGGACGCAGCGGGAACUUCCGAACUGCCUGCGGCCGUUAUUGUUAAGGCAAAAGAUAGUACACUCACGGAAGAAGACAUACUUAAAACAGUUAACGAUCAAGUUGUAGAUUAUAAGAAACUUCGAGGAGGAGUAUUUUUCCUGCCACAGCUUCCAGUAUCAAUUACGGGUAAAGUUUUGAGGAAAAAGGUAAAAGAAAUUGUUUUGAGCAUGAUUAAUUAAAUUUCGACGAUGGAAAGUAUAUUUUUUCUAAGUUCUACUUUUGAAAAACAAAAUAGUGUAAUGUGUAUAAGAGCCGAUUAAGAAAUGGAAUCAGAGCACCUUGGGUUCAUAAUUCGACAUUGACUACGAAUGAAGUUACAAUUUUAGCUAUACAGUUAAGAACGAAUGAACGUAGACAGUUGUGGUUGAUUAAAGCAGUCCUUCGCUAAAUUAUCUAUGGUGUGCUACAAAUUUACAUUGAGUAAUAGUCAACAGUAUAUUAAAAUAUUUUAAGUCACAA